AUGUCACUCCCCGAAAAAACGAAGCAAUGGGUCGUCGAGCGGUUCGAUGGCCCUUCAGGGUUGGAGUUCAAAGAAGCUGACAUCCCUCCAUUGGGCAAUCACGAUGUUCUCAUCAAAGGCGUUGUGCCUGUUUCAGACGGGUCCGGAGUCGUCAUAAGUAUCGGAUCAGAUGUCACAAGCUUUCAACCCGGGGAUAAAGUUGCAACAGUAAUGAGUCCCUGGGAAUCUGGCCCACUCAAGCAGUCCAAUAUCGACCGCCUUCUCGGAAAUGCCUUGCAUGGCGUCCUCCAAGAAUAUGCUGUAGUCCCGGAGCAGCAUUUGAUAUCUAUUCCACAAAAUCUGAGCUUCAUUGAAGGGAGCACGUUGCCUGUUGCCGGUCUCGCGGCUUGGAACGCCAUAAAUGGUAUCCAAGGUCGUCCCCUUCUCCCGGGGCAAUGGGUUCUCACCCAGGGUACUGGAGGUGUAAGCACAUUUGUGAUAUUGUUUGCUAAAGCAAUGGGCGCCAAUGUCAUUGCAACUACUUCAUCCACUGAGAAAGCUGAGAGACUUCGAGAAAUCGGGGCAGACCAUGUCAUCAAUUAUAAAGAAGUCCCUGAAUGGGGUGAUCGUGCCAAAGCACUUACCCCUGGGGGAGAAGGCGUCGAUGUAGUGAUCGAAAUCGGCGGCGGUGCGACGCUCAAACAGUCUUUGAGUGCCGUGAAGCUAGAUGGACUUAUCUCAGUUGUUGGCUUGCGAGGUGGAGUGAGCCCUGCUGAACAGCCGGUUUUGUUGGAUAUCUUCUUUCGCUUCUGCACCAUCCGCAUCGCAAUCGUUGGUCCUCAAGUUCAGUUCAAGGAGAUGAAUCGUUUCAUUGAUAGCAAGGGUAUCAAGCCUGUGAUUGACGAUCGAAUCUUCAAACUGGAGGAGGCAAAGGAUGCAUUUGAAUAUUUGGAGUCGAUGGGCCAUGUUGGCAAAGUUUGUAUUAAGGUAGUCAACGGCGAUUGA